AUGGCUCUCAGUUCGUCUCCGCGAAAGUUGGUUGUUCCUUUGGCGAGUGGAGAUGAACCGCGGUCUCGUACUUCAACAUCCACCCCACUCGUCACUAGAAGGGCCUUUUACUGUGGAGUAGUUGUAGAAGGGUCGGAGAAUGGUAGACGGCUCCCCGAAGAGAUACAGGACCUCGUACUUUCACUCGGAAACCCUCUUCCUUCAGAAUCCUCUGAAGAAAUAUUGGCCACCCAAAGCAAUCAGUCGUUGGUUGAUAUAGACAGAGCAGCCCAGAGGAAACGUGCUUUGCUUGAUCCUUCAGCGUUGUCCUCUGUCAUCAAUGAACUUCUUACCAGCGAAAGGACCUAUGUGAAGCGAUUACAGUCCCUCAAAGUUGAUUAUGCCGAUCCUCUCAGAAACUUUGCUCGGAAUAAAGACACAGCGAUUAUACCAGCUUACGAGGCAAAGACCCUGUUCGGCAACAUCGACGUUCUGUUGCCAGUCAAUGAAGCGUUUCUCACUGAUCUUGAGCUGAUGUUAGCUCCGAAUGGUCACUUAUCCGUUGGAGGUGUAGGGGACGUUUGUUUGCGCCACUUCAAAGAGCUCCGGGGAUUUGAGCAAUACAAACAAUACUAUGUCAAAAGAGAAGAUGCUCAGGCAAUUUUUGAAAAGGAAAUUUCAAAGAGGUCAUCAAGGUUCGCUUCGUAUAUCGAUCAUAUCAAAUACCAAUCAAUUGACUCCAGAAAUCGAGUAGGACUGCGAGAGCUUCUCAUGGAGCCCGUGCAACGCAUCCCAAGAUAUACUUUAAUGUUUCGCACGAUGCUGAAACACAUGUCGCCUGACGAUCCUCAGAGGGCCAAAAUCAUAGAGGCUGAUGAAAUUGCAUCUAAAAUUGCCCAGGCGGAAGCAGACGAGCAGACAAAGCGUGCGGCAAUAUUUUACUGCCUCAUUGCGACUAUUGAAGGAUUCCCUCCCGAUUUAUUCUCCAAUUCACGAAAGUUUAUUGAUUGCAUUGAUGUCGAGGAUAUCAUAACCGACACCCAAUUGUCUUCGUCGACUACUGGAGGCGGAAUUUCAAUAACAUCGUUACAUUGCACCUUGUUUUUGUUCGACGAUAAACUUGUUAUAGUGAAACGUCCAGGCAACGGAGAAAAGGGUGGGAGGACACUGUCGGGUUUAGAUGCGGUAGAGAAAGUGACAAAGGCAGGAGGGAUCCCAACAGGGAAAAAGAAGAGUGGCAUGACAUGUAAAGGUGUCUUUGAUAUAAUGGAUAUUGCUGCGACAGAUAUUGGAGGUUCCGAAAUUCAUUUGUUUCUGGAGAAUCCUCCCCAAGACCAAACGGAACGAUGGACAGGUCGACCUUUCCGUUCUUUAUCUGUUGUUAUACCACCAGCACCAAUAAACUUAGAUCCUACUCAGACCGAAAACGAGAAACAACGAUUCCUGGAGAAUCUGUGGAGAACACAGGCUAUCUAUCGCGCUCGUGCUGGUCAAUCAGUCGUCCUUUGUUCGGACGAGCAAGAAGUAGAAUCUCGUUCCGGCAGAACGACCUUCGCUAGGACAUAUUUCAAUGUUUACCAGCGAACUGCUUUUUUGCAAGAAACGAAGAAGUGCAAAGUCGUCGUCCACAUCGACCGUGACCGGCAUGCUUCGGCAGAUCCUAUACCUUUCGGACAAGGUGGUCCCCCCUUUGUAGUCAUAAGAGUUCAAUUAAUGGAUGGUGGGCUGUGUCGGUAUUCGGUCACAUCUAGUGAGCCAAACGAUGACGGGGAGGAAGACAUUGUUCAGACCUCACGGGUGCCUGCUAGAGUGGUUCAUACCAUCCACCAAUUUGGUCUGUUUGAGUUCAAGACAGGGAAAAAUUCGCUUCCAUCAACACCAACGGCCAAGUCCAAAGUCGCCAUAUUUGGCCUCGACGCUAUCUCUCGUAACCUAUUUAAUGGUCGACCGCCAUCUGUCGGCGAUUUCUUUGCUGGUUCUAUUAGUGGACAUCGGAGACACAGAUCAAGGUCAACAACCAGCCGCUCGUCUGCAUACACUCACACGACAACCACAAUGGAUAGCAUGAAAUCAUCACAUCGUUCAACCACUACAGCAGCUACAACAAUAUCUAGCAUGGAAGACGACUACUAUGCGUCUCGGUCAAGUAAAAGCACGAAGUUGUCACGACAAAUAUCAGCUGGUGACUCUGAUUCUGAGACCCCGAUGUACAGGCGUAGUGGGUCCAUGUCUCGGCCUCACUCAAGGUCCUCGACAAGAGGCACAGAAAUUGAGUACAGUGAUGUUGAAGAUGAUGACGCCACUCUCUUGGCCCAAUCCAAAGAGAUCGGGACGUCCGACCAUCAACUUGCUCUCCAAUUGGAACUGGCCCGUCAGAAUAGUUUGGCGCAGUAUGGAAAUCAUCCCGUUCCUUUGCAAAUGGACGGAUCUGUUGAAUCCAUUAUAUACGAAGAAGAGCCGCCUUAUCCAUUACGGAAAAUGCGAGAAGGAAGUACGUUACCACUGCCUGAAUCGCCUCCAAAACGCAGGGAAUCACCGCCCCGGACUUCUAGACCGUUAUCCAUACACACUUCUGAGCGCCGUCCAACAGGCCCUCGAAGUCCCUCCCCUUUACCGCCCAGGAGUCCACAGCCAACACAAGAAGAUUUGCCGACCAUGGAGGAUGAUAUUUACACCGACUCGAACAUUCGUCAUGAAAAUGUUUCUGAGCAAACGGCGACUCCUGGAAUUAAGCGAAGUCAACGACAAUCUUUUUUCCCUGCCGACAACACAGAGUCUACCCCCAAGGCUGCCAGUACAAGUACCAUCACAGCAGCAACGCCAAUUGAACCAUUAUCCAUCAAGAAAAAGACAUCUGUCCGAUCUGAUAUGUCGAAUUCACCAACUCCUGUAAGAAAGGCACACACCCGAUCAAUGCAACGCGUAGUUUCUCCUCGCAAGGUAUCACCCCAGAUCCGCAAGCCUAAGGCUGGACCCUCAAACUUGUAUAAAAGCGAGGAUUUGGAUAAGAUGCUGCAACGUUCUGUCACGAGCAAAGAAGACAUCGAGGCUUCCCGACGGUCAUUGAAACGCCUAAAAACCCAGAUUGAAGUCAUCAAGUCAACUUUGAAAACUCCAGGUGAAGAUGCGUCUUCGCGGCCGAGUUCGCCUGAUAAAGGAUUACGUUUACCCCAGUUGCAAACUAAUGUCCCAAUGACGAAAGCCGCUCAGGAACGCUUAGAAGAGAUGAGGAAUCUAAUUGGCCGCAGACAAGGUGAAGGGGUCGGAACUCCACGGAGUAGACCACGAAGUGGAACGCUUGAUACACCGUCGAGAAUGUCAGCUGCAAGUGAUACAGGAAAUCUUGUUAAGGCCAUAGAGCUUCUUGCUAUGGAAAUGGAAAAGGACCUUACACGGGCUUACUCCAAUCAAGAGGCGCUGCAAGCUGACUUAUCCCGUCUGACUGCUGAAUACAAAGAGCGAAUCAUAGAACUCGAAAGAUCUAGGCUUGAAUUACAGCACUCACGACGGCAGUGCGAAUUGGUCAAGAGUCUCUUGGCAGAUGCCACGGCUGAGAAGGAGAUUAUGUAUGAGGCGUUUAACGAGGAAUUAGACGGAAUGUACAACGAUGCCAACCUGCCCGAAAACGAAGCCCUACAUGCACUAGCGCGAGAUUUACAACAAACCAAAGAGGUGAAAAACAACCUAUCAAGAGAAAACUCGGCCCUUAAACGUAAACUAGCGGAGACAGAAUUAGAAAAAGAAGAAUGGGGCGAGCUUCUUCGAGCCCACGGGCUGAUAUCUUGA